UACCACCACUUAUCUCAUUCUUUUGUCCAUUCCUGAUUAGACUAAUCAAUUUUUCAUUGCGAUUCCAUACUUUAUCCGUUCCUACUUUUUUAUUUUUGUUCACUUUUAUGGAAAAAGAAGAUCACCUGCUGCAACGAAUACAAAGAGAGAGAGACUCGGAUUGCGGUUUCGACGGUCAACAGUUCUUUUUUGGUCAUCUUCUUCACACAGGUGGAAAAGAAUAAUGCCCGACUGUGAUUAAGAGAUUUAUUAUGGAUUCAGCAAGGAGUUGGUUUCAGAAGUUCCAUCAUAAAGUAAAGAAGGAAACUGAAAAUGACAGUGAGGUUCAAGAUGUACCUUCAAGUGCAACGAAAGAGAAAGUUGAGGUUGCCAAGCAAUAUAUUGAAAACCAUUACAAAUCUCAAAUGAAGUCAUUGCAAGAUCGCAAGGAGAGACGUUGGGUGUUGGAGAGGAGGCUUGCUGAUGCGGAUGUUUCUGCAGAAGACCAAAUGAACGUGCUUAAAUAUUUAGAACAGAAGGAGACAGAAUACAUGCGUCUUCGUAGACAUAAAAUGGGCGUUGGUGACUUUGAACUUUUGACAAUUAUAGGAAGGGGUGCAUUUGGGGAGGUUAGACUUUGUAGAGAAAAAGCCACGGGUCACGUGUAUGCAAUGAAGAAGCUUAAGAAAUCUGAGAUGCUUCGCAGAGGCCAGGUGGAACAUGUCAAAGCUGAAAGAAAUCUUCUAGCAGAGGUUGACAGUGCCUACAUUGUGAAGUUAUACUGCUCCUUUCAGGAUGAAGAUUUUUUGUAUCUUAUAAUGCAAUAUCUUCCCGGAGGUGAUAUGAUGACCCUGUUAAUGCGCAAGGACACCUUGUCGGAGGAUGAGGCUAGAUUUUACGUUGGGGAAACAGUCCUUGCUAUAGAGUCCAUUCACAAGCAUAAUUACAUUCACAGAGACAUCAAGCCUGACAAUUUACUGCUUGAUCGUUAUGGCCACAUUAAACUCUCAGAUUUUGGGUUGUGUAAACCCUUGGAGUCUAGUAGUUUCCCUAAUCUCACUGAGCAAGAAAAUGUAACGGGGAAGAAUGUCAGAUCUUCCAUGGAAAAUGAUAAUCAGUUUGGUUCACUCUCUGUAUCAAAACGGACACAGCAAGAACAAUUGUUACAUUGGCAGAAGAACAGACGAACGUUGGCCUAUUCAGCUGUUGGAACUCCAGACUAUAUUGCCCCAGAAGUGUUAUUGAGGAAAGGAUAUGGAAUGGAGUGUGACUGGUGGUCCCUAGGCGCAAUUAUGUAUGAAAUGCUCGUGGGAUUUCCACCUUUCUAUUCUGAUGAUCCGAUGUCUACAUGUAGGAAGAUUAUUAACUGGAGAACGCAUCUGAGAUUCCCAUCGGAAGCAAAGCUUUCUAUUGAGGCUAAAGAUCUUAUUUGCAAACUUCUAUGCAAUGUCGAGCAAAGAAUUGGAACCAAAGGAGCAAAAGAAAUUAAGGCGCACCCAUGGUUUAAAGGUAUACAAUGGGAUAAAUUAUAUCAAAUGGAAGCUGUCAUCACCCCGGAGAUCCAUGAUGAGUUAGAUACUCAAAAUUUUGAGAAGUUUGAAGAGCUGGGUGUGCCAGGUCAAACUGCAUCAAAAUCGGGUUCUGGGAGAAAGAUGCUUUCGCCCAAGGAUGUGAACUUUGUUGGUUAUACAUACAAGAAUUUUGAAAUUGUUAACGAACACCACUUGUCUGGCAUCACUGAGAUGAGGAAAAAGCCUAACAAGACCAAGAGACCAUCUAUUACGACUCUAUUUGGCACAGCGGAUUCUCCAGAGCAGCCCGGUGAAAGAGGUUUUCCAAAUCAUUUGUCGACCCAUCUGGAAGUCUCAGAAAGCCCUGAUCCAUCACCUCGUUCAACUGGAUCACUGCAACAGGCGAAGCGUUGGGGGAGAUGAAGGUCGAGCCGAAAAGCUGCUCUUUGGCUAGCUGAAAUGAGAGGUGGAAUAUGUUUUAUAGUACGUCUGAAAGGGGUCAAUAGAGUAUGAUAUUGUAUAAAAUCUUGUAGAUUCUGCAGUCUUUACUCACCAUGACAGAUUCUCACCGGCUCUUUAGCCCUCUUGUGAGUUAUAAGUUUACAGGAAGUUAGGGUUCUUUUCUUCUUUUUAACCCUUACAGGGCAAAAAGGUUUCCAAAGCUUCUCACAGCCAGAAUCCAGCAGAACAAAAUCUGCAUUUUCUUCAAUUAUUACUGAGAUGUGGUAUUACAAUUA